CGUUACCACCUCCCGUCUCUUAAACGUAACCAAAAUUCGAUCAAAAUAAAUUUGGAAUAUCACAAAAAAAUCGUUAUUCGCACCCAAAAUAUAAAGAAAAUGCACCUGCCUGGCCAGCUUCAGACUAAAAGAAAGCAUUAACGGCAUAAUUUGGAACGAAAACGGAGUAAUUAACUCGACAGCAGAGCAAUGGAGGAGAAUAUGUGGAUCAUUGAGCUGGAAUCGGCGCUUCUAGACGACUGCAAUGUGAACGACAUUUAUAGCAUUUGCCAGGGAAAAGCCCUGCCGGAGGCACUGCGUCCGGAUGUGUGGCAAGUGUGCCUGGAUGUGCGCCACAAAUCGGACCAGAUGUCGCUCUUCAACGAGAUCUACGACCUGCCCUUCCAGAGCCAAUUGCGCGAGGAUUGCCAGCGGCACGUCGAUCGGAUGGGCAACGACGAGGAGGACAAGGUCUCGGUCGUUUCCGACCUGGAAUCCAUCAUCACGUUCUACUGCAAGAACCGGAAUCUGCAGUACGAGCCGGAGAACGGAUGGAUCGAGCUGCUGCUCCCACUCUUCGCUUUGAAACUGAAUCGAUCGGACACAUUUAAUCUGUUCGAAUCCAUAAGGGACACCUAUAUACCCAAGGGCUGUCGGCCCAAGGGCAACGUCUUCCAUGUUUUCCGGUUGCUCUUGCUCUACCACGACCCGGAGCUCUGCACGCUGCUGGACACCAAGAAGAUCACGCCCGAUUUGUACUCCCUGACUUGGUUCCAGUCGCUCUUCGCCUCCUGCAGCAGCCUUUCGGUGAUCAUUGCCAUGUGGGACUUGUACUUCCAGAACGCUGAUCCCUUUAUGGUCUUCUUUCUGGCGCUGAUUAUCCUGAUCAACGGCCGCGAACAGAUCCUGCAGAUGAGGAGCUCGUCCAAGGAGGAGAUCAUUAAGUUCUUGGGUCUCAUGCCGUGCGCCCUGGAGUUUGACGAUGUCCCCGACUUUUGCUCCCUGGCUCAGUACUACGCGCUCAAGACACCCACUUCAUUCAAAACGGACUACCUGAAGGCGCUAUAUGGCAAACAGAACGACACGCCACGCAGCCAGGAGGAGGCCAACAAGGUGUCACAGGCGCUGUGCUUGCCCGUCUCCGUUUACGAGUUGGUGGAGAACUCGGCCACCGAAUUCCCAGUGCCGGAUGCAGUCCGCUUCUUCCUCGUUGACUGCCGACCAGCCGAGCAGUACAACGCCGGCCACUUGUCCACGGCAUUCCACCUGGACUGUAACCUGAUGCUCCAGGAACCGGUAGCCUUCGCCACCGCCGUCCAGGGAUUGCUGACCGCCCAGCGACAGGCCAUCGAGGCCAACUCGAAUGCCGGCGGAGAGCAUUUGUGCUUCAUGGGCAGCGGCCGCGUCGAGGAGGACCAGUACACACACAUGGUGGUGGCCUCAUUCCUGCAGAAAAACACCCACUACGUUUCGCUGCUGACCGGCGGCUAUGCCUCCAUCCACGAUUACUUCGGCGAUCACAUGGCUGACUGCCUGGAGGAUCACAAUGUGCGCAAGUGCCUGGUCUGCCAGCAGCACAACGUCCAGCAAGUAAGUACAAAACCAACACCUCUGAAGACUUCGGCGACCUCGUCCACGGACCUCUUCAGCAAGUUCUCCGCGGCCAUGAAGUCAAAGUCUGCAGAGGUCAAGGGCAAACUGCUGGACAUCAUUGUGAAUCCCAGUGCUAACGGAGGAGCCACUGCCAGCGGCUCGAAUGGCGUGCAGGCGGCUCCGUCACAGGAGCGCCAUGUGAGUGCCAAGGAGCGGAACGGAAAGCGGUACCGCAAUGUGGCGCCUGUCUUCAGCAUCGACGACGAGAACGAGGAUGCCUUAGACGGACCAGGAGAGCGGGACGACCCACCCUUGGCUGGCGAUGGCAAGGAGAUCGUAAACCUGAACCACUACUUUAAGACGGCGGACAUUAUAAACGCCUUCAAGUGCCAGGAGGUGCACAUGAGCGGCUACAUGUACGACAGUCACCUGAUAAUCACGCCCGGCCAGCUGGUGGUGCUGCGGGAACUGGGACGCGGCCAGGCGCAGAUAAUGGUGCGCCGUCCGCUGGCCAGCAUCGUUAAGAUCACGGCCAAGAAGCGCCACCGCGACCUGAUCACCUUCAAGUACGGAUUCCCCGACGGCGACGGCCUGCUCAUCACGGACAUGGAUCGCUUUCUCAUCCCCGAUGCCGCCAAGGCAACGGCCCUCGUCUCCAAGCACAUAGUGAAGGUGCUGGACAACGCCAAAUAGGACACACUCGUCACAUCAUCCGCAUCCUCCGCGUGCUUUUCUUAUUUACCCCCUUCCCGCGCAAAGCUUUAUUUCGUACACAAUCAAUCACACAUGGACAGAAACUGAAACUGACAAAAAAAAAUCAGAGACACAAAGUGCAAUGCGCCGCUUAGAGCGCUGUAACUAGUUUGUAAUUGGCAAUGUUUUCCUUGUAGUAGCUGACACUUGGUAGUUCUUAUUUGUAAACGAAGGCCUGGCUGCAACUGUAACAUAGAGCACUCGGUGCACAGUCCGGAAGUUAGGAGAGUCGAGGUACUUAGUCCCCAGAUCACAUUGCCAGCAUGCCCAGCCCUUGGCUCAGAUUUUCUAAAUUUCUAAGUGCAAAAUGAGGAAACCCCAACUGAAGCCUUGAGACUUACAACGUGUAAAUGAUGAAAGUAACUAAUAUUUAUUGCAAUUAAACCAAACAAAUAAAUCUGUAUUAUAAUCGACACAA